AUCUUGUCUUCCCGGUGCUUUCGCCCACACAGGGAAGGAUGCCUCUGGAGGUGGUGGUGGAGCUCCAAAUCCGGGCGAUUUCUUGCCCGGGAGUGUUCCUGCCGGACAAGGAAGGUGUAUACCUUGGAAUCUACCUCCUGAAUCAGUACCUGGAGACAAACUGCUUUCCCUCUGUGUUCCCUAUUGCGAUUCAACAGAGCAUGAGAUUUGAAAAGACAUUUGAAAAUGCAAUAGAUCCUGGAGCUGUUGCAGAAAUUUUAGAAAGCUUCCUAACCAGGUUUGAAUUGAUACAGCUAGUGUCUCCAGUAUGGGAAGAGCUGGCCUACUACGAAGAAAACACACGUGACUUUCUAUUCCCCGAGCCCAAGCUGACAUCCUCACACCUUGGCAUGCAUAGGGAGGUACUCAUGAAGACAGCAACAGGUUUUCCAGGUAUUGCUCCCAAACUAGAGUUUUCUACAAGGACAGCCAUCCGAGAAUGUGUGUUCCCGCAUAAAGACAGAUUUUUUGAAGAGAAGUGUAAAUCACAAAGGCUUUUAUCGAAAUCACGUGGGCAAAGAGCUCCCCCACAUAACAGAAAAACAAAGCCAAAGGAGAAAAGUCCUGACCGAUUUCCUAAAGGCACACAGUCCGGGGCAACCUCCCCAUCUCCCCCCAGACGUCUCCACCUGCACCAGCUGACUCAGCUGAACCUUGGAAAAAGCUUCAGGCUCCCUGGAGAAAGAAAGCCUCCCUUUGUGGUUAGACAUGUGGACAGUGGAAACCCCUUUGGUGAAGGCAGUUUGACACGUUUACAGAAGUCCAGGAGAAAACCUAAGUUUUUGGACUUUGCUUUUCCAAUGAGAAAAGCAUCUUCUCUUGACAGCCUUGCACCAAACAUCAAGGUUACUAGAGAGCCAGAUGAGCGAAUUGUUUUAAGUCAGUCACCGCCACCUUUAGAUCCAAGGAAGUUCAGAAAACCUUCACCCUGUCACCAAGGGGAUGCCGAUUUCCAGCCGAAAACUCCAGUUUCCACCCCCCAGCAUUCCAGAUCUCCCAGCCCUCUGGAUCAGCCUCUUCUCCAAGAAAGGUUCCAGCCUUGUUCUCAGUCCACGUGGAAGAAGAUCCAUGAGAGGGAAAAUUUCAUCUCCGAAACAAAAUAUAUCAAUGAAAGACCAAGAUACCCACUGAAGAAACACCCACUGCAUGAACAGAGAUAUUUUUAACCACUAUAUCAUGGGAACAUGAAUGAAACCUGAAGAAGGAUGAAGGCCUCAGUCAUUGAGACAUUGACACAUCCUUGGAGAAGUGAACAGCAUUCUUUGUGGUCUGGGUUGAGUUACUGGUACCUAGCCCCCAUUAAAUCAAACCUUAUACUCAGUCUUUUGUGCCCAAGGUAAGAAUUGUUGAUUAAAUUCUGUUUGGGGCUCUCAUUCACACUUGUCAUGUGGAGAAUUUGUGUUUGUUUUGAGCAUGAAAAAUAGGAAACAUAAUAGAAGUGUGUCAGGGGCUUUUCCAUUUGG